GUGAGCCCAGCACAGAGCACCAUGGCUUCUCCUUUCAAGUCCCUCGUUCAUGAUGAUGAAUGUUAUGACAAGUCCUACGCUGUGUAUAGGAUGCAUACAGAUGCACAACAGUACAGAGAAGACUUCAUUCGCAAGAUUCUACCUGACCAUCUGGCCAGCAUUGGGGAUGGGAAAUCGAUAAAGAUCAUUGGACUUGGGACUGGAGAAGGUGAUUAUGACAUAGAGAUGCUCUCCCAGAUGCAUCUGAAGCACCCAGGGGUGCUGCUGGAUAACGAGGUGGUGGAGCCAAGUGCACUUCUGAUUCACAAAUAUAAAGAGAGGGCGGCUCAGAUGUUCCACUUGGACCCAGUCAACUUCACCUGGCACCAGAUGACGGCCUCCGAGUUUGAGGAGCAGUGGAGACAGAGAAAUAUCACCAAGAAGGUCGACUUCAUCCACAUGCUCCAUAUGCUGUACUAUGUUGAGGAUCUUGGAGCUACCGUCAGAUUCUAUCAGAGUCUCCUGAAGAAGAACGGCAAAAUGCUGAUAAUUUUAUUGUCAGCUGAGUCUGGCUGGGUGAAGAUGUGGAGAACCUUCUACACUCAGCUGAGCCCCCCAGGGACUCGUACUUGGUUUCCACAACGGAACACAGCAGAAAUAAAGCAGCUGCUAGAUGAAGCUGGAGUCCCGUACCAGAGUUAUAAGGUGCCGUCUAUGCUGGACAUCACCGACUGUUUCACUGAAGGACAUGAGACUGGAGAGCUGAUUCUAAACUUCAUCACAGAGACAGUGAACUUUAGAAAGACAGCCCCACAUGAGCUCAGAGAGGGGGUACUGAGGAUGCUGCGAGACCCUCAGUGCAGUAUGGAGAAAAAUGGAAGAAUUCUGUUUAAUAAAUGGGAGGAGUUCAUUAUCGUGGAAGCAACCGAUUAAUGUGAUUUUAUGGUGCCUUUAGACUUAUCGUGGUUUGGUGCUUGUUUGUAGGCCUGUUAUUGAAAUAAUAUUGGUGAUGAAACUAUAGAGGAUGAUAUUAAAUGCCAUUAUACCACUGACAGGACCCUGAAGCAGGAUUUCCCCACAAAAUUAGCUGAAAUAAAUAAAUGGAACAAUUAAUAGAAGUUAUCAGAUUAAACCUCUGCAACUCAAAUAUUCAGCGAAGUCCAAAAAAUAUGCAAACAUUUCCCACUUGUACAAAGAAAACUUUACUGACUGUAUCAACUGACAAAAAUAAUUGUUCCAUCUGUCAUGUACUGAAUCAUAAGUCGAUAUGGUAUUUAUCAUUACAGACCUACUGCCCAGUUUAGGGAUAUUUUUAUCAUUAGUUUAAUUGAAAAUUGUGAUUAUUGAGGUCACAAUAUAACUGUAAGAACUAAAAAUAAUAACAACAACGAUGUUGUAUUUUGCAUGUUGUUGCCAUGGCGAUGCCCCACAGGGCCCACAUUAUUGUAAAGUGGUACUGAAAUGUCCCAUUAAUUAAAUAAAAAAAGAAGGAAGAAGGGAAAACUUGACACAGUGACUCUUCAUAUAAUCUCGGCUAAAAAAGUCAUGGGGACCCAUGUUGUAUUUUACAGAGUAUUGCCAUAGCACCGAAGCACAGCACUUCAAAUGUGUGUUGACUGUGUGUUCAGUGGUACACCCGACACAGGUACACCCUGAAGCCACAAUAACACAUGCGUUCAGUGCAAGAUAAGAAUUCUGUAAUAAGAGUUAACCUGACCCUCUAACACUAACCUCAUCAUUGUACAAAGCACAGACUGUUUUCAACACAAUGCUUCGACCAAAAACAACAACAGAACAGCAAACACAAACUGUUUUGAUGCAGUGUUUUGGCUUUCAGUAUGACAUGAUUAAGACUUGGCUCGGCUACAGUCAGGAGCGAUUCCCAAAUGGAGGGUUGGGCCCAAAAGUGGGUCACGACAAGGUGCCUGGGAAUUACUAUUUCAAUGUUUGGAAAAUAGGAACAACGAAACAUGGAAUACAAAUAACACAAUUUAAACUAGGUCAAGCUCAUGAUGAGGGAUAUUCAGUCAAUUAAAAGUAUUAUAAACUGGAUUGUGCAGAGUACGGAAAGCAGAUUAAAAUAGUUUUAAUUUCUCUCACAUUUAAGUGAGAAAAUCAUGAUUAUGAACUGAAUAACUAACUUUAAAGAUUGGCCGUUUAAGAAUAAUUCUAAAAUCCAAUAUAAAAAUCUUCAUUUUAUCUUUCGUUAAAAGCUGCAGUGACAGAGUAAGACGCAGUGUAAUCUACUUUGUAAAAUCAGGUUAUGAUUCAGCACUUGCACUAACAAAGCCUCAUUUGCACAAAAGCCAUGUUAUUGCAGAUUCUUUUACCAGUGCAGUGGGUGAUAACAGAGCAGAGCCCAGGGUCCCAUCUCCAGAUCCUGUUCUACAGGCUCCUGCUCACAGGAUUACACUACAAUAUACAAAACCAAAAUAUCACCUCUGAUCAUAUGGAUUUAGUCUCUAAACAAACUCCAAAGCAAAUAUGUAAACUGCAAAAAGCAAUAUCUAGCUACAUUAAAAUUACUUAAAUUAAGAAAAUUGUACUUUAUUUGAGUCGCAACUUGACAAGUAAAAUUAUCUACCAAUGAUAUAUAUACUUUUUAAUUCGGGCAGCAGUAAAUUUUAAGAUAAGAUCAGCUACAGAACAUCACUAAACUGAGACCAAUUUUAUUAACUGAUGAACUUGAAAUAACUGCUCACGCUUUUAUUUCAUCUCGUUUAGAUUUUUGUAAUUCUCGUUUACUUGUUUUAAUGCUUUUACACUUAAGCAGCUGCAACUUGUACAAAACCAGGCUGCAAGGUUUGUAACAGGCGAAUUCACAUUACACCAAUUUUAUCUUCACUCGGGGGACGUCUUUCAGGCUGUGGCCCCCAAAUUAUGGAAUGACCUGCCCCUAGCCCUCCAUGAGGCAGAGUCUGUAGACUGUUUCAAAAAGCAGUUCAAUACACUGCUUUUUAAACAGGCUUUUAUUUGACUGUGUAAUUCCUCUCUUUCUGUAUAUGUUGCACUGUAAAGCACUUUGUGAUUAUUUAUCUGUGAAAAGUGCUAAAUAAAUAUCGGCUU